GGGGCCCGGGCCAACGUGUCGGCUGUAGGUCAUCUCACAGAGGGCUGAACUUUGGUCUGGAGCCGCCUUCCAGAGCCACAUAGGCGGGUUCACGAGUGCCUGCUGCCUCCUGUGCCGGGGCAGUGUGACGCUCUGUGUGGGUAGGUGCGUGGGACAUUCCACAACAGCUCGGCUCCGAGUCAUGACGACAGCAUCUUUCUCUUUUAGUUUUGAGCCUAAUGAAGCUGAGCGGCCCCUGGUGAGAUGAGCCGCGGCACACGGACGUAGCAUCGGCGUGAGAGUCCCACGGCUCGGCUGCUGACAUGGACCUAGACAUGCUGACAGAGACAGAUGAGUUUGCCUUGGAGGAGCUGAUAGACGGGCCCCUGGGUGCUCCUGAUAUGGAGCCUUUGAGUGGUCACAUCUCUGAGAGCGAGCUGUCGUGUCACUGCUGCUACAACAUCCUGCUGGACCCCACCACACUGACCUGUGGCCACAGCGUGUGCCGACCCUGCCUGGCCAUGUGGUGGCACUCUUCUAAGAAGAACGAGUGUCCCGAGUGUCGUGAGAAGUGGGUGGGCUUCCCCAAGAUCAACAUCCUGCUCAGAGAUGCCACAGAGAAGUUGUUUGGUGACACUGUGCGGAGCAGGAAGGCUGAGGUGGAGGCUGACCCCCUGAUAAGACACUCUAUGCUGGCCUUUCAAAGAUAUGGGAACAGCAAGGACCAGCCCAGGAGAGCGGAGAACAAAGGAGCAGGCUUCUUCUUCUCUGGAGUCCUCACUGCUCUCACAGUGGUGGCUGUGCUGGUGUUGGGGUAUCACUGGAGCAUGGGAGCAGUGGAGCCCUCAGACCUCCUGCUCUCUAAACCCGUGUCCCACUGGAGCCCUCAGGAGGUCCUGACCUGGCUGCAGAGCCUGGGGCCGUGGGCUCACCUCUACAUGGAACCUUUCCUGCAGGAGAACGUCAACGGAAGGCUCCUCCUGAUGUUGGGGGAGGAGGAGCUGCUGACUCCUCCCUACAGUAUCCAAAACCCAGCUCACAGACGCACUGUUUUGGCUGAACUGGAUAAAGUCAGAACUCUGGGAGUCAAACCACCACAGAAUCUGUGGGAGUAUAAGGCGGCGUACCCAGGCAUGUCUCUGUUCCUGCUGUACUCACUGAAGCGCUCUCCUCGGCUCACACUGCUCUACUUGUACCUGUUUGAAUACUCCAACAUGUUCCUGCCUUUCCUGCACACCUGCUGUCCGGCCAUGGCUCCCAGGGACCAGCCGGAGGAGAGUGGGCUCACUUACUCACAGGUGGAGCCCAGUAGGAGGCAGUGGGCGGAGUUCCUGGUGAAGUACGCGCUCCUGCCGUACCAGCUGAUGGCAGAAUUCGCCUGUGACUGGCUGUCCGUGCACUACUGGACCUCUCGCUUCAUCAUAGUCAAUGCCAUGCAGCUGUCUGUGCUGGACGUAGGCGCCCUCUGGAGGCUGUGGGCCAGAGCCGGCAUCAGGGCCGUGCCUGGGGACCUGUGGAACCACCUUUGGGAGCUGCUCUCUCAGGGUCUGUUCCUGGUGCUGCUGUGGCCCAUCACCCCUCAUUUCCUCUGCAGCUGUCUGUUCUACUGGGGCCUGUACUUCAGCCCCAUCCUUAACAUGGACCGGAUGGUGCGGCGCCUCCUGCACCCCGACACAAACGCUGUGUGAGCAGUGUGCACACGCACCUGAGAGCAGCCCCAUGGGUGCACUAAUGGUGACAGGGCAAACGCUUAUCUGACUGUGGCUCUGAGCAGUUGAUUCACAUGUUGCCUGGAGGACCGUGCUGUGGCACUGUUGGCCUUUCCCUAAGGCCUCUGGCUUGGUAUGAAAAAUGACCCACAGAGGUCCACUUCUCUUAGUCAGUUCAAUGACUAAAAUGUAUAAUUUUAAAAUCAUGGACUUUGUUGGUUAUUGCAUUGUGCAUGUCUCCUGUUGUGGAGAUACACAGUUGCCUGAAUUCUGUUGAUGCCAUGUUAAAGUUUUUAAUUGAAUGUGUUCACAGUCAGUUCUGAGGAAGAGUCUGAAACCUUCUAUAACCAAUCUAUGCAUGGAGAUGUUAGGUUUUUGCCUGAAAUGUUACGUGAUAUGGCAUAAAAUGUAUUGAUCUCCAUGGAGACGAGCAGGUGACAGCACCAAACCAACUAUUAGCCUUAAAAACCCCUUUAAUUGAAUACAUGAAAGAUAGAGGUGUUCUUUAGUUUUCAUUUUGGGUCCCCUUUCAUUUUUACCGCAGCAGUAACUAUUCUUUGUGGAGUCCACAUAAAACACAUUUACACGAUUACAUUUAAACAUUACAACUUUACAAAACAAAUGUUCAUUUCACAGACAUUCUGUUAGGAAAAAUAAUUAAAAUUUUUUUUUUUAACAAACAUUGCCACAUAUAAAUGUUUAGCAAUUUACAAUUUCAAUUUACACAUGUCUCACCUGAAAUAUUUUAACAUUGAAUUGCAGUUUCUUUGUUAAGUACUAUUUUUGUCUUAAUUUCUUUUUAAAAAGGUCCUCCUUUUUAAUGUGUAUUAAAUAUGGAGGCAGAUUAUUCCAACUGGACACAGCUCUGUAUAAUAGGGAUUUCUUAAAAGCAUUGGUUUUAGGUAAAGGCAGAGCAUCAGAGCUAAGUGUCUGGUCUGGUACCAUGUUGAUCAGCUGAUUGUAAAGACAUACAGGCUCUGUAAACAGAGACCUUUUCUUACAGACUGAGCCAGCUCAUUCUGUUCUGUCAGUCUGGUGAGCGUCACCUUCGCUCAUGGAGCAGUUCAAAGUCAGUCCAGCAGUUCUGUGUCAGUUCAAUUUUAUUAAGAUUUUUUUUGUAGGCCAAUGACCAAACUAAUGGACAAUGCUCUAAAUGAGAUAAACCAAUGCUUGUAUGACUGACUUAAUACUUUUCUCAGUUAAAAAAAUGUCUGCUUUUUCUGUUAACGGAAAUACCUCUUCUCAUUUUUGAGUUGUCCAAGAAAAUGUCAUCUAACCAUCUAAAGUGCUGUCUGUGUUUAUAAACUGUAGGACAUUCCAGGCAAAGUGAUAACAACCAUGAAAGAGGCUGGAGGUCGACCUUCUGCCAGAAAGGUUUCACGUGAAAAAUGCCAUCGUUAAUCUUAAAGAUGCACUUUCUAAUGUUGUCUUUCUAAUGUUGUCUUUUUUUGCAUUGUUAAUUGCACUGUUGCACACUUUUAUUUCUUUUCAAAUGUUAAAAUCAAUACUUUUAUAAAUAAAGGAGCCUCUAUGUAUUUG